GUCAGAGGCUUCUUCCUGGAAGAGGAGGUUGGAAGUUGGGUCUCGGCGGUGGUGGAGAAGGCAGCUAGUGUAAACCCGGGGCUGAGGUUCUCGAUCUUCCACAAUGGGUGAGCCACAGCAAGUAAGCGCCCUCCCACCCCCUCCGAUGCAGUACAUCAAGGAGUAUACAGAUGAAAAUAUUCAGGAAGGCCUCGCUCCCAAGCCUCCACCUCCAAUAAAGGACAGUUACAUGAUGUUCGGCAACCAGUUCCAGUGUGAUGACCUUAUCAUCCGCCCUUUAGAAAGUCAGGGUAUCGAACGGCUUCAUCCUAUGCAGUUUGAUCACAAGAAAGAACUGAGAAAACUCAAUAUGUCUAUCCUUAUUAAUUUCUUAGACCUCUUAGAUAUCUUGAUAAGGAGCCCUGGGAGUAUAAAACGAGAAGAGAAGCUAGAAGAUCUUAAGCUGCUUUUUGUACAUGUGCAUCAUCUCAUAAAUGAAUACCGACCCCACCAAGCAAGAGAGACCUUGAGAGUCAUGAUGGAGGUGCAGAAACGUCAACGCCUUGAGACAGCUGAGAGAUUUCAGAAGCAUCUGGAACGAGUCAUUGAGAUGAUUCAGAAUUGCUUGGCUUCUUUGCCUGAUGAUUUGCCCCAUUCGGAAGCAGGGCUGAGAGUAAAAACUGAACCAAUGGAUGCUGAUGAUAGCAACAAUUGUGCUGGACAGGAUGAACAACAAGGAGAAAAUUCAGGUCAUAGGAGAGAUCAGAUUAUAGAGAAAGAUGCUGCUUUGUGUGUCCUAAUUGACGAAAUGAAUGAAAGACCGUGAAGGAUGUUUCUUUUUCUUCUUUUUUUUUUCCGUUUCAGUAAAUAGCAUAUAUAUUAGUUAAUUCACUUUUAGAGCACCUCAAAAGAGAGAGCACUAGAAGUCUUGCAAGCAGCUUGACUCUCCAACUGUCUCAAUUGUUAGAUGUCACAGGCAGUUUAUGUCAUUUCACUUUAUGGCAAGCCUAGGUAAAUGAGUACACCUACAUUAAGAGUAAUCACCUUAAUAAAAGCAGUGUUUGCCUCUA